GUGGGAUCGAGGAGUUGUUUGCGGCUUCUUACCUCAUUUUUCGGAGUUUUCCUUUAACUUCAUCUAAUCGCCGCUUUUGGGCUCACAUACCCCAGAACAACUAGCCCAACAUGAGAGUUGAAACGUGCCACUUUUGCUCUAGGCCUGUUUACCCUAGCAAGGGUAUUCAGUUUGUUAGAAAUGAUGCCAAGGCAUUCCGGUUUUGCAGAAGCAAAUGCCAUCAGAACUUCAAGGCUAAGCGGCAACCGAGACGUGUGAAGUGGACCAAGGCCGGUCGCGCUGCCAAGGGCAAGGAGAUGAUUGUCGACUCGUCGCUGGUGCUGUCCCAGUUCGCCAAGAAGAGAAACGUCCCCGUCAAGUACGACAGAAACCUGGUUGCGGCGACUAUCAAGGCGAUGGAGAGAGUGGAGGAGAUCCGGCAGCGCAGGGAGCGUGUGUUCACGAAGCGUCGUUUGGCAGGCAAGCUUGCGCGGGACCGCAAGCGCGAGGCGGAUCGCAAGGUGGUUAUGGAGGGCGAGCACCUCAUUCGCAAGGAGCUCCGCGAGCGGGAAGAGGGACAGCCGUUGGUGGCCGAGACUUCCAAGGCAAGCAGACUGCACGGAGAGGAGCGUCUCAGACAGAAGAAGAAGACCAGAAUGUUGGUGGAUGGAACUACUCAGGAGGAGAUGGAUGUCGACUAAAGGGCUAUGCGUUUCUUACGUUUCUUUCUCUCCGGCUAUGUAGUCGGGUUCGAUACCUUGAGGUUAUGAUGGAGUUGGGUUUGUUCUGUUGUUUCAAGCUUUUCCUAUCCAAAAAGUAUCCAGUGGUCUCUGGGAUGAACUUUCAUGUCCAAAUUAUUGCUUUCUUUGCAGGUAUAUUGACUUAAUCAUACAAAGACGUGCUCUAUAG